AUGAGUUAUGCAAAGCAGGCGGAGGCGUACAUCCAGAUCGCCGAAGAGAUGCUGGCAAAAGAAUCUGAGGAGGAAGGAGCAGUGGAUGCGGCGGUGGACAAUUACGAGAAGGCGGGAAACAUGUAUAAGCUUGCAAAAAACAAUCUCAAGGCCGGCGAGCUUUACGAGAAGUGCGCCUCUCUGUGCCUUUCCCAUGAGAAGCCGCAUCUAUCCCUGGACUUUUACAGCUCGGCCAUUUCAGUGUACAAGGAAGACCACCUCCAGUUAGCCAUCAUUACCGCUAAGCAAUUGGCCACAGUUGCCAUGCAGAUUGGAAGCUACUCCCAGGCCGGGAAGGUCCUCCAGGAUCUGGCCGUUCUUUCAGAAGACCAUGAAGAUUACGAAGAAGCAUACGCCCUCUACGCUAAGGCUGAGGUUGCCUUCAAGCAUGACUGCGCCUCGGCUAACGAACAUCGGAAUUGCAGAAUCCGCCUUGCAGAGCUUGGCGCCUGUCUUGGUAGUAACUACGAGAUAAGCGCAUCUAUCUUUGAAGACGUUGCCAUAGAGUGCAUUCAGACCCCUGCUCUUCGAGACUCGGCCAAGCAUUUCUUCUUUUCAUCGUUUAUCUGCAUGACCUUCUUCCAGGAAGAGGCCCAGCUUAGGGACGCUCUUUCUAGGUUUGAGAAGCAAGACCCGACGCUUGUGGGGUCCCCCGAAGGAGAGUUUAUCUAUGAGUGCCUCUUGGCCUUGAAGAAUUCUGACUCAGCUGCGUAUGAAGCCGCCGUUACAAAGCUACGCAAUCGCAUGGGCAUCACAUUGACAACUAACGUGUUUAAGCGCAGAACCCUUGAACUUCUCGGCACCAAGCUGGGUUGCAACGCUAUCGGCGAGUUGUUGUAA